CUCUUCUCCCACACCCCUGGUCAGAUUAUUUAUUCCGCCCAUCUCACAGGCCGUCCUUUUCUUUCUUUUCUCUUCUUUUCUUUUUCGUCUCAAGUAGCAACAACAAUCACAUCCUCUGCUUCUGUCACUCGUUCAUAUUGCGACAAAAUGCUGCGCUCUCUUGCCAGAACUGCCUUGGCCGCACGGUCUCGCUCGAUCAACUCUGCUUCUGCUACCCCUGUUGCUAAAGCCUACUAUUCGACUGCCCUCCGAUCCACAGUCAUCCCUGUAGGCCGUAAAACUACACAUCUUGUUCACAAUUCAAUUCGUUCCUUCGUCACUGAAACUGGCUCUUCAGCUGAUCAGGAGCAGGAAGAAAAAGUCAUUGGGGAAUCCAAAAAGAAGACUUUUCAAGCUGAGACUCGCAAAUUGCUAGACAUUGUCACCCAUUCAUUGUACUCUGAAAAAGAAGUCUUUGUCCGUGAAUUGGUUUCAAACGCUUCAGAUGCUUUGGAGAAGCUUCGUCACACUCAAUUAACAGAUGCAAGUCUCGACACUGGAAAACCUCUCGAGAUCCAUAUCUCUGUGGAUGAGGCCAAGGGUACUUUUACGAUCCAGGAUUUUGGCAUUGGAAUGACAGAAGAAGAAGCCAUCUCCAAUUUGGGAACUAUCGCUCGAUCUGGGUCCAAAGCCUUCCUUGAAAACCUGAAAGCCGAAGAAACCACUGGAUCUGGUGUUGUAGGAUCGACUAAAGAAAAGAUCAUUGGUCAAUUUGGUGUUGGAUUCUAUUCUGCUUUCAUGGUUGGAUCCGAAAUCAAGGUCUACACUCGAUCUGCUAAACCAGGCUCCAAGGGCUAUUGCUGGACUUCUGAUGGUUCAGGGUCGUACGAGAUUGCAGAAGCCGAGAAUGUGGCCGUUGGAACAAAGAUUGUCAUCACUCUUAGAGAAGACUGCAAAGAAUACGCUAAAGAGGACCGCAUCGAAAAGAUCAUCAAGAAGUACUCUAACUUUGUGGAUUACCCUGUUCAUCUCAAUAACAAGAAGAUCAACGCUGUUCAACCUCUCUGGACAAAGGAUAAGAACGAGAUUUCAGAACAAGAGCACAUUGAGUUCUAUCGCUAUGUCGCUGGCGCUUGGGACAAUCCUCAAUUUAAACUUGUCUACAAAACUGAUUCCCCGUUGGCUAUCAGCAGUUUACUCUACAUUCCUCAGCGCCAUAUGGAAAUCUUAGGUAUGCAACGAGAGGAGCCCGGUGUCAGUCUGUACUCUCGUAAAGUCAUGAUCCAAGCCAAGUCCAAGGCACUCUUACCAGAGUGGCUUCGCUUUGUCAAGGGUGUGGUCGAUUGCGAGGAUUUACCCCUGAAUGUUUCGCGCGAACUUUUGCAGGAUCAAUCACUCUCCAAAUUGCGUCAGGUUCUAACAGGACGUGUCAUCAAAUGGCUUGAGAAUGAAUCUAAGGCAGACCCAAAGGCUUACAACCACUUUUUUGAGGAAUUUGGUAACUUUAUCAAAGAGGGUGUCUGUACUGAGAACGAGAAUAAUCGUCCCAAUGUUGCCAAACUCCUUCGGUAUGAAAGCAGCGCAGGCUCUUCAGGCGAAGUCUUUAGCUUGAAAGAAUAUGUGGACCGUAUGAAGGAAGGACAGGAAAACAUUUAUUACACCUGUGUUCCCAAGCGUAAGUUUGCAGAAGAGAGCCCUUACUUUGAAGAAUUCAAGGAGAAGGGUAUCGAAGUCUUGUUCCUGUAUGACACCGUUGAUGAGUUCGUGGUCAAUAACCUGCGCCAGGUCGGUCAACACAAGUUGGUUUCCAUUGACGCUGCUGAUAUUCAAGAUGCUGCUCUUCAGAAACCGAUUAAGGAUGAUGCUGAUAGCAGCAAAUCCGAAGAUAAUCUCUUGUCAAAGGAAGAAGCCAAGCUUGAAGCCGAAAACAUUGCAGAUUGGUUCCGACAGACAUUGGGUAUGCAAGUACGCAAGGUCGAGGUCUCAAAGCGCCAUAUGAGCCAUCCUGCCGUCGUCACUGAACAUGACUCGCCUGCUGUUCGUAAAAUGAUGGCCAUGAUGUCUGGUGCUGCCAAGGCAGGCGAGGCAAGCAUGCCCCCCACGCCCACUAGUCUAGAGAUCAAUGUGAACCACCCUAUUAUCAAGAAAGUCUGGUCUGUUAAAAGUCAGGACCCUGAAUUUGCCAAGCAGGUUGCUGAACAGAUCUACGAUAAUGCGCUGAUUGCCGCUGGUGUUCUGGAUGAUCCUCGCUCUAUGCUCAAGCGUCUCAACAGGAUCAUGGAGGCAUCCUUAUCUGCAGCUGAUGCUUCAAAGUCCAAGGACAAUGUUAUGCAGUCAAAGAAGAUUGAGGUUGUUGAAGGCGAGAAAGUAUAAACAGAAAAAUAUUUAUUCCACAUAGACAUACAUUUUUUUUACAAGUAUAAUGAAUCAUAGCUAAGCACUUCAAUACCU